GUCACGUAUCACAUAUUUCUUAUGUAUAAUAUACGAAUCUCGGCAUUGAGAUAAUCACGACCUAAAAUAUGACCUUAAUACAUCACCACUUGAACUAUGACGGCAAUUUUAAUGAUAUAAGACUUCCAGCUAUCCGGGAGAUAGUAGGAUUAGGUAGGAUUCUCGGAGGGAAUCAGUACAUUUAGAGUUCGGUGUGACCGCUAGACGGGGCUUUAAUAUGAACAAUCCUGUGGUUGAAGUCAAGCAAGGACUGCUCCGUGGUGCUACGGUAGAAAGUGUCAUUGGCGGUUCUUAUAUCGCUUUCAAAGGUAUCCCAUACGCGGCUCCUCCAGUUGGGAAUUUAAGAUUCAGGGAUCCUCAACCAGCGCAUUCGUGGAAAGGUAUACGAGAUGCCUUGGAAGAAGGAUCCAAAUGCGCCCAAUUCAGUCUGUUCACCAUGUCGAUAAUCGGCGAUGAUGAUUGCCUUUAUCUCAACGUGGCCACACCUUCAUUAGCAGGGUCGCGACCAGUCAUGGUUUGGAUCCAUGGAGGAGGCUACUUCUUCGGUGAUGGAGGUUCUGAUGUCUACGGUCCAGAUUAUCUGAUGAAGGCGGACGUUGUCCACGUUGGCAUUAACUACAGACUCGGUGUUUUAGGAUUCCUUCAACUUGAGCACGAAGCUGCAUCGGGUAACAUGGGACUCAAGGAUCAAAUUGCCGCCCUGAAGUGGCUCAAGGAAAAUAUCGUAAAGUUCGGAGGCGAUCCAAACAACAUCACACUGUUCGGACAAAGUGCUGGUAGUGCUUCUGCUCAUUAUCUGCUACUGUCUCCACUUGCUAGAGGUCUUUUUCACAAAGCCAUCAUGCAGAGUGGAGCUCUAUUGGCUCACUGGGCACACAUUUCGGAGCCGUUAAAAAUGGCGCAUCGCUACAUCGCUGCCUUUGGCAAAGAUAUAACCGACCCGAAUGAGAUCGUUGAAUAUCUUCGUACUGUUCCAGUUCGCAAGCUUAUUGAGAUUCAGGAAAAAAUGUCAACUCCAGAGGAAAAAAUGAAUGUCUUAACUCCAUUUAGACCCACUGUUGACACCAAUAGUGCGGAGCCACUGAUACCCAAGCCUCUUGAAGAACUUGUUCAACAAGGUUUUGAUGUCCCAAUCAUCAUUGGUUACACCACUCACGAGGGGGUAAUUUUUUUGACGAGUGGAUCGGAAGAGGUAUAUAAUGCAGUUGAAAACAAUUUUGAAGCCGCAGUGCUUCGAGUUCUUACCGACAGGGCGCCAUCCAGGGUAACAGAGAUCACUAAGGAGAUUCAAACGUUUUAUUACAAAGGAAAGCCCAUAACCAGAGAUCUCGCUACCAAUUAUGCUCACUUCGCUGGUGAUCUGCAUUUCGUUAAGGAGCUGCAUAGAGUGGUUGAUAUUCAGCGUGAAAAAAACUCCCCAACGUAUUUGUACAGGUUUUCGUACGAUAGUCCUGAUUCAGUGACAAAGCUUAUUUACGGCGUGAUUAGAGAAGGCGUCCUUCACGGCCAAGAGAAUCAGUAUCUUUUCUUCCCGAAGAAUUAUCGCGAGCAUGUCAAAAUGAAGCCAGGGUUUCCAGACCAGAUCUUUAGUGAUAAAUUGAUCAGGUUAUGGACGAAUUUUGCGAGAACUGGUAAUCCAACCCCAGUAGUUGAUGAUCUGAUUACUACAAAGUGGAAACCGGUGACGAGAACAGCCAAGAACUUCUUAGAAAUCAAUCAAACGCUCUCCAAUAGCAUGAACCCAGAUGAGGAAAUGUGGGAAAUGUGGAAACGUAUUGAAGUCAUGAUAGGUGGUCAGUAGGACUUUAAUUCUGAAAGCAUCUUCUGGUGACUGAAGCGAGAAUUUGUGUUCCUUUGGGUUUUCCAUUUGGGUGGACAACUGCUGACACACUUGAUACUGAUGAUUUCGCCAAAUCACAGUUGGAUCUCUGUGGCUCAGAACGUUGAUCAGAGAAUGCUGUCGUAUCGCGCCAUACUCCAAGAAAUAUACACAUGCGAAAAUUGAUUCUUGAGAUGUUCUUUCUCGUACCAGCGCAACACUGACUCAAAAAGUCAUUUAUGUAAUAAACAUGUUUUCAGUUUCACCUUGUUUGUACGACUGAGGUUUAACUCUUGAUUGGACGAAGAACCCAAAUUAAUUAAGUAUUGGAGAUGUUUCAGGAUUGUAAAUUUAACUGUACUCAUUUGUAGGAAAACUUUACUGUACUAUGUUAUUAUAAAAAAUGUGGUCUCUCUUUCUUCUACUUUUCAUACACUUGUCGAUAUUAUAUCGUACGUUACGAUACGUGAGAUCAAAUUUCCGUAGCGUGCAGUAUUUUUCGGUAAAAGGUUAAGUACUCUUAUUGGAUGUUAUUACCAACUGAAUUUUACCAUUAUUGUCCGUAAACUGAUGACAUGUGCCUAGUAUUUUAUUCGAAAAACCAUAACAAGAUAAGGUUUGACUUUUUAUUACUUGAGUACAGUACUGCUACUUCGAAAUGUCUUUUAAUUUUACAUAGGUUGAUUUUCCAUAGAUGUAGGAACGAUUGGAAUUUAACCCUUCGUGGUCAGACGGGCUCAAAAGUACCACAACAUCAACUUUCCAAGUAAAUAAGAAUGUAUAUGAUCGCAGUGACCCAAAAUAUUCACGUUGAUUAAGUGGGGAUAACUGGUGCCUGAUUGUGAGACUCUCUUCAGAUUGCAGAAUAAAUGCCAAUUUGGAACGCCCAAUAUCAAGCUGUUAUUCCCUAAAAGUAAAAUAACUCAACAAGUUUACCUUUACAUUUUACCC